GUGACCCCUGGGAACAAGAAAGCUUUUGGAAACGGCUGAAGACAGCUAUGGGAUCGAAUGCCGCUGAGCCUUACUCCGAAAUGGAGGGCCAUUUCGUGGCUUGCAUCCAGGAGAGCUUGUCUCUGUACUUGUAUGAAAAUGCCCAGUUCUUGGGUGAACGCCUGGUGGCAGCCUUCCCCAAGCAGGCCCAUUUCCUGCUGUUGGCGACCUGCUAUUUCCGAUCGGAUCAGGUGCACAGAGCAUACCAUCUGCUGGUUGCGAAUUGCAGCGAUUCGCAGAGCAGAUAUCUGCUGGCACAGUGCUGCCUGCGGCUCGGCAAACUGAAUGAAGCAGAGCAGGCGCUGAAUCCAGAUGGCGAUCCGCAGAAGGGCGAGGUGCCACAUGGAGCAGCAGGGUACUACCUGCUGGGGAAAAUCUGUGCGCUGUCCAACAGGCACGACACAGCCAUCCACUACUAUGCUGCAGCGCUCACGCUGGACCCUCUUCUCUGGUGUGCCUAUGAGGAGCUGUGCAAUCUCGGUGCCGAUGCCAAGGCGGCAGGCUUGCUGAACAGAGGCAGGGAAUCUGAGUCAGCAGCGGCGAGCCCCUCAGGCAUCAGCAGCUCCCAUGCGGAGGCUGCCACGCCCUUCACAAUGCAGCGGGCCUCUGCAGAUUCCAUGAUGGCGUCCGGCGGCUGGCCGCCGCGCAACAACCGCUGCCCGGCCUUCGACGACCCGCUCUCGCCAAUCGAGCCCACCAUGCCGCCGACUCGCCACCCCAACACAGCCUAUGGGUUCCCCACACAGGAGCAUGCACAGAACGGCCUGAUGACGCCUGCCACCGGGUCCAGCGGGUCGUUUGUGACGCCGUCGCAGAUGGGGUCGGCCGGCACGAUGCCACCGCCAGUCCACCGCGGGGGGCCCGGGGCCCCCGGCAGGGGCCUCCCCCCCUCCACCGGCAACGAUCGCGGCGGCUGCGGCUUCCCCUUGGGCAUGGGCGGGUCCAAGCUUGCGGCGGGGCUGCGCUUCACGCCCGGCACAGCCGGUCGGCCGCCCGCGCAGAGCGUCGCGCGCAACGCACCGGGGCAGGGGCCGCCGCAAAUGCCGGCGCGGCCGCGGGGCCAGCCGCGGGGGGGCAGGGGGUCAGAGCGGGACAAGUCCCCACGACAGCCGGAGCCGUCUGGACGGCUGUUUGAAGGGCCCGCCACCCUCGCUAGGCGGAGCAGCAGAGUGGCUCCGGCGCCCACCGCGGAACAUCUAGCCACGCCCGGCAUGUCACCGGCAGACACCAUCAUGUGGGGUGGCGGCCUCGACUAUGCGGGUGCAAAGUUGUGGGCGGGCCAGAAGACCGUGAAUGGGCAGGCAGCGGUGCUGUCGCUGCUGCAGAGGCUGGGAGAGGGCUACCGCCACCUCGCCAUGUACCGAUGCGCGGAGGCGGUGGAAGCAUUUGCACGGCUGCCAGCGGCGCAAUACUCGACCUCGUGGGUGCUGUGCUGCAUUGGGCGCGCGUACUAUGAGAUGGUGGACUACCCGCAGGCCGCCCGCGUGUUCGAGUGGGCCCGCCAGGUCGACCCCACCCGCCUCCAGGGCAUGGAGGUGUACAGCACGGUGCUGUGGCACCUGAAGCGGGAGGUGGAUCUGGCGCACCUGGCGCAGGAGGCCACCGCCUGGGACCGCCGCUCGCCGCACGCCUGGACCAUCAUGGGCAACUGCUUCUCCCUCCAAAAGGCACGCCGCCCUGGCAGCCGAUCAUUACUACUCUCCCAUCGACCUGAGCACGAAACGGCGCUGCGGUUCUUCCAGCGCGCGCUGCAGCUGGACCCCGCGUUCCCCUAUGCGUACACACUGUGCGGGCACGAGUACUUUGCCAACGAGGACUUCGACCGCGCCAAGGCCUGCUACGAAAACGCCAUCCGCCUCGACCGCCGCCACUACAACGCCUGGUACGGCAUUGGGCAGAUCGAGUAUCGGCAGGAGAAGUUCGAGAUGGCCGCCUUCAACUUCAAGUUUGCUCUGAACCUGAACGGGCGCAGCAGCGUGCUGCGGUGCAACCUGGGCAUGGCGCUGGCCAAGAUGGGCAAGCCAGCCGAGGCACUGGCACACAUGGACAAGGCCAUCGCGGCAGACCCGGCCAACCCGCUCGCGCGCUUCGAACGAGCCGGCGUCCUGCUCGCCCAGGAGCGCUUUGUGGACGCCCUCGCUGAGCUGGAGGCCCUGCGGGACAUAGCUCCGCGGGAGGCGAGCGUGUGGUUCCAGAUGGGGAAGAUCUACAAGCGCCUGGACCGGCCGGACGAGGCGCUGCAGCACCUAUGCCACGCGCUCGACCUCAAGCCGUCCUCCGGAGACGCCAACCUCAUCAAGGCAGCCAUCGAGAAGCUGCGCCAGUCCGAUGAAGCCGACGAAGAGGAGAUGUGA